AUGGCCCCUCAUUUAAUGUGGGAAGCCAUCAAAGCCCGCAACAUUUUGCACAGCACGUCACCAGCACUGACAUCCGCACAGCAGAUUUCGAAGAGUGAGGAGAAUAAAAAGGGAGACUGUGGUAGAGUACCAUUGCAGUGCUGUGUAUUUUUUUUUCUUAUCCUCUUACCUUUUGUUUGGGGAUAUCUGGGCAAGACCAUAGAUUGGGAUUGUCCUGGCACACUGUUAUAUGGAUGAAGGAGUUUUCAAUUUAUUCUCCCUCUUCUAAAACAGUAUGGAAAGAGCCCCAGACUAAUAGCUUGGGGUAAGAUUGGGAUGCUGCACACUCUCCAAAAUGAUUCAGUCUGAAGGACUUGGACAACCUACAGUUCACUUGAGUCCAUUCAGCUUGAAGCUUUCUAUUCUGGAUGCUAUGUUACAGAAUGAGAUACCUCUUACAUAAUGCUUUUUGGGGUCUCUGGUCUAGAUGCUGAUGGUAGUAAGACCAUUCACAAGGUGAAGGUGCUCAAGUGUUCAUUCACUCUUCCAGAUAAAAAUUUGCAGGAUCUAUGUUUUAUCCCUUCAUUUUCAAUGACUGCCCAAUGUCCAGAUGGCUAAUUAUCUGUUGCUAUUUCUCAGAACAUGACUCGGUCAUCAUUACUUUUGGAUUCAGUAUAUUUGCUCUCUAGACAAGGUGCUGAAUGUGAUCCCAUGAAGAAAACUAAUGUUUUUGUCCUUUUCCAGUUCCCAGUCUGUGCCUGUGACACCAUUGUACAGAUGAUUGGCAAGCAGACAAUAUAUGAAAAUGAGCUACUGGUAUCUAGGGAUAUGAGAAACUGGACCCAUGGGUCAAUUAGGGAUAGCAUCUUCAGGCUUUAUGUCAGCUGUGGUUACUGACUAAGAGGCAACAUACUGUCUGACUCGUUUACAGAAGAGCAGUAUAGGUCCUACUCUGCAACUACUGACUACCUACUGAAAAAGCUACUUUGAGAACCAAUUCAUGUGGAGGUUUAGAUCCUACAUAAAACAGACCCAGAUUUGGUUCUUCUUUUGCACCAUUGUUGGGACCCGAAUACCAAUCCUCUGUAUACAAUACAAUGGCCCAUCCUAGUGAAGGGAUGCCCCUAUGGAGGUGAUCACUACUAGACAAAGAUGAUACCCGUGCAAAAACCUUCAGCACUAUGAUUUCCUUCUUACUAUAAGCAUUUCAUCAUCCAUACCUUCACUUUUGUGGACUCACCUUCUAAGAAGGCACUCAUGGGACCUGUAUAUCUCCACUGCAGUGCCUCUGUCUGCCAGCACUUAGGUGCAAAUUCCUGUACAGGAACCUACCCUGUGGGAAGUAGAAAAAGGAAGAGCUCUGAGACUGAUCUUUGGAAUAAUACUUCAAUUGUUUCUAGCAAGAGACCUAGAUUUUUCCUUCAAGUCAUCGAGAGCUCCUCUCAAUCAGUGAAGAGAUCAGUCCCAAACAUAAAAGCACUCUGGUUUAUCACAUCUAGAAUAUGAAUUGUGGCAAUCUUGCUGGUAUCCUUCAUAGCAAAGAGGAUACUGAAAUAA